UGAGAGUACAACACGUCCACGAUCGCUCUCCUCUUGAGUGUUUCAGGAAGUUGCGCACGACGACCAGCGAGUUACAAUGGCGCCUCUAGAUCUGGAUAAAUAUGCCGAGAUCGCAAAACAGUGUAAAUACCUCCCAGAAAAUGACCUCAAGCGGUUAUGUGACUACGUGUGUGAUCUCCUGCUGGAGGAGUCCAACGUUCAGCCUGUCUCUACUCCUGUAACAGUAUGUGGGGACAUACAUGGACAGUUUUAUGAUCUCUGCGAACUCUUCCGAACUGGCGGCCAAGUUCCAGACACAAAUUACAUAUUCAUGGGAGACUUUGUUGACCGAGGAUACUACAGUCUGGAGACAUUCACCUACCUGCUGGUGUUGAAAGCCAAAUGGCCCGACCGCAUCACUCUUCUACGUGGAAACCACGAGAGCAGACAGAUCACCCAAGUUUAUGGAUUUUAUGAUGAGUGCCAGACCAAGUAUGGGAAUGCAAAUGCAUGGCGUUACUGCACCAAAGUGUUCGAUAUGUUAACAGUUGCCGCUCUAAUGGACGAGCAGAUCCUGUGUGUCCACGGAGGCCUCUCCCCAGAUAUUAAGACCCUAGAUCAAAUUCGAACCAUUGAGCGGAACCAGGAGAUCCCCCACAAAGGAGCCUUCUGUGAUCUGGUGUGGUCUGACCCUGAAGAUGUUGACACCUGGGCUAUCAGUCCAAGAGGAGCUGGCUGGCUCUUUGGUGCAAAGGUCACAAAUGAGUUUGUCCACAUCAAUAACCUUAAGCUGAUCUGCCGAGCGCACCAACUUGUCCACGAAGGCUACAAGUUCAUGUUUGAUGAGAAGCUGGUCACAGUGUGGUCAGCUCCCAACUACUGCUAUCGCUGUGGCAACAUCGCCUCCAUUAUGGUCUUCAAAGAUGCUAACACGAGAGAGCCGAAGCUCUUCAGAGCAGUGCCCGACUCUGAAAGAGUCAUCCCACCCCGAACAACAACACCGUAUUUCCUGUAAGCACAUUCAAACUAAAACAACGCAGCCAUUUGUUCAGUGCACAGAUACUAAACAGGAUAGUGACAUCAGUUCUUAUGAACCCAUGUGAAUUCAGUGCAUUUAGAGCAUUUACAGUACAUUUCUUGGUGCCAACUGUCAAUUGUUUUCCCCAGUCUGUACAUAUAGAGCCAUUAUUCUAAAGCGUAAGUCAAACUGAGACUUUACAGUGAGGCAAAUUAGCUCAGUAGCAUCGUUGUGCUGUUGAUAUGUUUGAGAGGAAGGAUUAACGUUACACAAAAGUCAAAUAACACUUGUAAAAUGUUAAUAUUUAAGAAUCUCAAUUAUGCUUUGCAAUAAAAAGUCACUCUGCUGAGCAAAUGGCUGGUGCAGUGUUGUGCACAAUGUUUCAUUUAAAUUUGUUCAUGUAUUAGAGCUGCGUGUAGGCACUGCAUAAAAGCAAAAACUGUAUUGAUUCUCACUAGUGUCAGUGAAGUUAUACAGUUUGUGUUAUCAAGUGAUCUUACAACUAAACAUGUAAACCUGAGAGUUGAUGUAUAAAAUAUUGAUUAUACCCGUUAGUUAGAAGUUUCAGGAUUGUUAACUCUGUGGUACCUUAAAGAAAAUUGUCUGUAAUCUCCAGAUUUUGAAUCAGCUCUUUUAAAUUUUUUUUUUUCUGUGUGUCAUACUGUUUUUAAAUAAAGAAAUCAAAGAAUUGUAAAAAGUCA